CAACCCCGCAACCACAACGACAUUAUCGCAGCCACGCGUCCCUUCACAGACAAAAACGUUGACGAACAUCGCCAAAAGCUUCGAUUUUUAAGGCGUCCGGUUGAGUAGCAGACUCAAACUCACGUACGCAUGCAAGAAGCUGGCAUUGGUUCCUCAGAUUUGCCCAGUUAUCAAGCUAUCAUCCCCGUUUUAAACAAUUGAUUCUUUUGAAUUGUUUUCGGGGCAAUCUGCCACCUGCAUUCUGUGCAACGUGACCACGUGAGAGAGAGAGAGAGAGAGAGAGAGAGAGAGUGAGACUUCCAGUAGAGUGUGGAGGUGGGACACCCCAGAAAAACCAUAGGCUUUUUCAAGAAAAGGGUGCUGGUGAUGGUGAAAUUCAUAAUUCGUCCUUUCUUGUGAAAAGGCAGAAAGAACUCAUUCUUGGAACCUUUCCUCUUUCUGGGUCGAAAUUCUGAGAAUCCCCAGUUGCAGAUAAUAGAACAGCGGAAAAAGUUGCGACUUUUUUGGUGGGUACUGGUUGAUUUUUGUUCGGGGGUGAUGGGUGAGGAGAGCAAGAUUGAUGAAGAUCGUCUUGAGAAGCUGAGGGUGUUCAAUGGUAGAGAGGAGUUUCCAUCGUCCAAUAUAUGGCACGCUAUAGUGGCUUUAGGGAUUUGGUUGGGUGCUAUUCACUUCGUCGCCGUCCUGGUCGUCUUCUCUCUCCUCUUCCUUUCUCCCUCCAAGGCCCUUCCGGUCUUUGGGUUGCUCGUGGUAUUUAUGUUCCUUCCAACUGAUGAUAGAAGCAGAUUAGGCAGGAAGUUGUCGAGGUACAUAUGUAAACAUGCUUGCAGUUAUUUCCCUGUUACUCUGCACGUGGAGCAUAUAGAAGCCUUUGAUCCUAAUCGCGCCUAUGUUUUUGGAUAUGAGCCACAUUCAGUUCUUCCGAUUGGUGUUGUUGCGCUUGCUGAUCUUACUGGUUUCAUGCCUCUUCCAAAAAUAAAAGUGCUUGCUAGUAGCGCAGUGUUCUACACUCCAUUUCUGAGACAUAUAUGGACGUGGUUGGGUCUCACGCCAGCAACUAAGAGAAACUUCAUUUCCCUUUUGGGUGCUGGAUACAGCUGUAUCCUUGUGCCCGGCGGUGUACAAGAGACCUUCCUCAUGGAGCAUGAUUCUGAGAUUGCAUUUGUUAAAUCAAGAAAAGGAUUUGUGCGCAUAGCCAUGGAGAUGGGCUGCCCCCUGGUUCCAGUUUUCUGCUACGGUCAAUCAAAUGUCUACAAGUGGUGGAAGCCUGGUGGAAAGUUGUAUCUGCAAUUUUCUAGAGCACUUAAGUUUACGCCGGUUUUCUUCUGGGGAAUCUUUGGGUCUCCUUUACCCUUCCAAAAUCCGAUGCAUGUGGUGGUCGGCAGACCGAUUGAGUUGAAGAAAAUCUCCAAACCCACCAUGGAAGAGGUCAACGAGGUGCACGGCAAGUUUGUCGAAGCAUUAAGAGACCUCUUCGAAAGGCAUAAGGCAAGGGUCGGCCACGCUGAUCUUGAGCUGAAAAUUCUUUGAAAAUAGCUUCGAUUCGUUCUCAUUUACUGGAGACCUUGUUUAUAUGUUUCAGUCAGUUAGGACUAAUAAAACCCUAAAGAGAGGGCAAUUGGAUUCACUGUACAUUCCAGCAUCCCAUGUCCCAUUGAGGGUGGCUAAUUAGAGUCUGCAUAGAAUGAUGUUAGCCUUGUUCCUUCUCGCUAUUUUGUGGCUUUGGAAGUAAAGGCAGAGAAUUGAUUGGCACCCCAAAAAUCCAUUCUGUACACAACCUUCACAAUCAA